AUGAAAGAAAAGAGAUGGUUGAGUGCACUCUCACGUGUUGCACUAGAACAAGAUAUUUACCAAGCGCAAGUGUGUGAGGUUCACAAGCUGCAGCAGGAGAAUCUGCGUCUUGCGACGAUUGUUGACUCAAUACAACCGUUCUUUAAGUCGUUAACGGCUGUUGCAGAGAGAAAUGACUCACACCUCAAACAGGCAGCACAAGAUCGAAGUCAGGAGGACCAGAUGACAUCCCUACUUGGUCAAAUAACCGACAUCCACCCAAACUCCAAACAACGAAUUGAUGCGAUCGAGAGCAUCAAGAGACCGGGAACGAAGGCAAACAGUGCACUAGAAGACACGCUUGUGAAGACACGAGGACUAUUGAAAGCACGAAAAGCUAAGCCAGACGAGCCAAGCUGAUAGUCAGUCAAC